GUGCCGCCCACGAAUCAAACUAGAAAAGAGGGCGAAAAGGUGAUAUUCUCAUGUGAAGCUAAGGCUAUGCCUGGCAAUGUCACCGUACGAUGGUUUCGUGAGGGCUCACCCGUUAGAGAGGUGGCCUCAUUGGAGACACGCAUUACAAUACGCAAAGAUGGUUCGCUAAUUAUAAAUCCCGUUGGUGCCGACGAUUCGGGCCAGUAUUUGUGCGAAGUAACAAAUGGUAUUGGUGAUCCCCAGAGUGCAUCGGCAUAUUUGAAUGUUCUGUAUUCUGCCAAAGUGACCUUUACACCCACUGUACAAUAUCUACCAUACGGUUUGGCCGGUGUUGUUCAGUGUUACAUUAAAUCGAAUCCUCAGCUACAAUAUGUCACUUGGACCAAAGACAAACGUCUACUGGAACCGUAUCAAGUGAAAGACGUCGUUGUUAUGGCCAAUGGUUCGUUGCUCUUUACCCAUGUUACGGAAGAGCAUCAGGGACGUUAUACCUGUCAACCGUAUAAUUCUGAGGGUUCACAGGGAGCCUCCGGUACGAUGGAAGUGUUGGUCCGUAAACCACCCACAUUUACCGUUGAACCUGAAUCGCUGUAUCAGCGUAAAGUUGGCGACAGUGUCGAAAUGCACUGUGACGCUGUGGAGGCUGAGGGCACCCAAAAACCCACAAUCAAAUGGCAACGACAGGGCGGUGAACAACUAUCCGAUACACAACGUAAUCGGGUACGCAUCUCUGGGGGUAACAUUACCAUUGAGAAUUUACGUCGUGAGGAUUUUGGCUAUUAUCAAUGCGUUGUCUCUAAUGAAGUAGCAACUCUAAUGUCGCAAACUCAACUAGUUAUCGAAGGUACACAACCGCAUGCACCCUACAAUAUAACCGGCAAGGCAACCGAAUCAUCGAUCACGUUACAAUGGAUGCCGGGCUACAGUGGCGGUUCGGAAUAUAAGCAAGACUAUACGAUUUGGUAUCGUGAAGCGGGUGCUACCGAUUGGCAAACGAUAUCGGUUACACCAUCGGGUAGUACAGAAGUAACGAUCAAUGGCUUAGCAUCGGGUACUACCUAUGAAUUUCAGGUGGUCGGUCGCAAUGUGCUUGGCGACGGUAUGAUGAGCAAAGUGAUGACCGUACGGACAGUGGAAGCUCCCCCGGCACGUAAUGUCAAGGCUGCAACACAACCGCCCGAUCAUGUAUUCCAACUAAUGCCAGACGAAGCUGGUAAGAAAAUUCAAAAAACAAACUAAAAAAUUAAA